GUAACUUUAUAUGAAAAAGAAAAAAAGGAGAAAAACGUCAACAUUUAUUUCUGGUCUGUUAAGAUAUUAAAGGAAUUCAAACAGAAGACGCUGCUUAUAUUGGAGAUGGUUGCGACAACAAACAGCACGAAAGCGUCAGACAGAGAAAAGAUCGAAAGGACUUCGUUGAGUUUCAAAUGUAAUCGGUGCGAUGAGAAAUUUCGAACUUUCAUAUCUUUCAUGAAACACAGAAACGUUCCGUCCAAAUAUAAUGGCCGAAAAUGCGGGGAUAUUUUGCAGAAGAUUUGCCUUUCAGCCAGUAUGGUUGACUUUUUAAAACACAAUCGAAAUAUUAAACUAUUCCAAUGCAAGAUAUGUCAGAAAGAUUUCUCUCAUAUUUCUUACUUGUUGGUUCAUUUACGAAUUCAUAGCAAACAAGCUCCCUACGUAUGUGAUUACUGUUCUAAAACAUUUAUUAUUGGUUUGCAUCUUCAGAGGCACCUGGAGAGUCAUAAAAAAGAUAUUCUGCAUCUCCCUAAAUGCGAAAGCUGUUCAAAUAAUAUUGAUAAACUUAUGAAGUUAUUUAAAGUCGAUUCUUGUUCAAAUUAUUGUCGGUGCCCUUUCUGUUAUAAAAAUAUUAAAGCUGAUGAAAAUUUCACGGUAGCACAUUUAAGAAGUCACUUUCCAGAACACUCCACUUGUGUCAAAUGUAAUUUCAGAAGUGUCCAUUACAAAAAGAUACUGAUAAAGUUGAAGGCAAAAGUCCUUUUACAAAGUCCCCAUCGCUCGCUUAAGAGAUUAGGUCGAACGGGUAGUUCCGUGAUAGAAUGUGAACGCUGUGGUGUAUGGUUCAAGCGGAACCAGCUUGCAAUACAUUUAAUCUCCCAUUCAAUGGAGCAACUUCACUGUGGGUUUUGUGAUGUAAUCUUCAGAAGUCGUUAUCUGCUAAAGAAACACGAGGCAACUUGUGAAAAUAAAGAUGUGAUUGCUAAAUCAGAAGGAAUGUCCUUGAAGUCGGCCUUGCUAAAAGAGAGAAACAACUCCAAGCAAUGUCCUUUUUGCUCCCAAAUUUUUUUAUCUUUCACAACGUUGAAAAUGCACUUACCGAUUCAUGCAGAAAACUGUACUUUGAAAUCAGAUUUUGAAUCAUUAGAAGAGGAUCCAGACGAAACAAAUUUAGAAACAAGCUCGGAACAUAUCCCAGCCCUCAGUUGCAUAAAUGGUGAACCCAAGACUAACGGGUAUAGUGAGAUGAAUUUAAAACCAAAUACGUUUAACCAAUGUAGUUUUUGCUCAGCUAUUUGUCAAAAUGUACCAGAACGGAAUCUUCAUGAAAUGGACCAUUACGAGAUUCCAGCAUCUUAUUCUGAAUUUUACUCGAAUGAAUAUAAAAUUCAACAUCACUCAAAUUUGCUUUAUCAGUGUAAAUAUUGCAGGAAAGUUUUCAUGAGCGCUUGCAACUUUAAUUCCCACAUGGACAGUCAUUUUGGUAAGCCGCCAUUUCAUUGUAAAGUCUGCCACGAAGUUUUUACGAGUCCAGACGGUUAUUUUGACCACGAGAAAGACCACUCGAUAUUACAAACCAGAGAUAAUUCUCAUGCUGUUUCAUCCAGUUCUAUCCGUUUGUGUGAAAUAUGCGGAGAAGUUUUCCAUAAUCUAAAUGUUUUCAAAAAACAUAUAAAAUCUCAUGAAAUGAAGUGUAUUAAUUGUUCGGCGCACUUUUCUACAGAUAAACCGCUUCAUGACCACAUGAAACAACAUUUAGUCCCAAUAACAGGCGAUAACGAUCGAUCAAAAACUGCUCCUCCGAGAGAGAACAGAGAUGUCGAAUUAACUUCAGCAAAUGUCAAGAACAACAGGUUUUCGAAAGCCGAGACAUAUACUUUUUCAGGUCCAGAUAAAAGAAAUCUUUCAGUCUCAUCCCAAGGUUGUGAAACUGGUCUGGACUUUAUUCCUUUCUAUAAAAAUAGACCAAACUUAGUUCCAUCUUCUCCGUAUCAAUUCGAACCACCCAAAGUUUCCAGUUUCUGUGAGAGACAACUUUUACAGACCGGAAAGAAUACAAAUUAUUAUAACCCAUUGUUGUUGCAAAAAAACAAGAACGAUAGUAUUUUUUCAGUGGCUGGCAGCAAUGGUUUCUCUCGCUUUAAUGACGGAAACGAAGCAUAUAAAACCAAACCAACUCGCAUGGAUAUUAAUUGUAAUAUUUCUAGUCAAGAGAAAAUAGGUCUUCCCGACAAAAGUGUUAAUAGUCCAGUAAGUGAAAGCUUAGGUAUGGACAACUUUAAUGCUUUCAAAUCUAUGAACACUGUUGCUGCAUUUGAGCCACUCAAAAUGGAAUCGACUAACUCCCGGUAUCGGGGUCAUUAUUCUUGCACCAAAAAUAGAUUAGAAUCAUCAAAUAUUUUUGAUAAUAAACAAAAAUGUGGUUUAAUUUCAGACAUUCCAUUUGAUAAAUAUCCCAACACUUUAGACUUCAGGGAUGAAAACCAACUUAACAAUCAGAAAGAAAAUGAAAACAACCCAGUUUUGAUUCAAGCAGGUUCAAACUCCACUGGAAUGUCUUACUUUAAUGAAAACAAUUGUUUAGUUCUUGAUACAAAUGAUGGUUAUAGUUUAGAGCAACGUAUUUGUGAAAAUUGGGAAUCUAAACAAAAGGGAAAAGAUUCUGAUAAAUUUCAACUGAAAGAACACACUACACCAGUAUCGGCUUCUCCAUUGAAAAAACAUCUGAGUAAGAGAUAUCAACCGGCUGAUAUCUGCUUUUCAAAAUCCAGCACAAUAAAGGAAGAUUUAAGAUGUCAGCCGAAGUCUAGAUCAAAAAAUAUCUACAGUGAGUAUAAUUUUCCAAAAUAUUCGAUUUCACUUGAAAAGAAAUCAAUGUAUGCUACUUCUCAAUCCAACAAUUGUCAAGAUAAAGAAAGUACCUUUCAAAACAGAAGGAAUUUCUUAAAAAUUCCCGAAGUACAUUCAAACUGGAACAAUAACGGAAACAUAGCAGAAAAAUUGUUGAUUACUGAAAUGUCCAAAACUCCAGUAAAAAAGGAUGAUGUUGGCUGUCAUGCGUCACUGAAUGAAAACCACUUCAGUGAUGCGAAUAACAAUACAUUAUGCGACAAUCUGACUGAUUACAGUCACACUACGUUAGCGACAUCUUGUGAUCGUGAAGAAAACUUUUCUUUUAUAUAACACCCCAAUCCAAACUAGCUGCUUUAGUUAGGUAACAAAGAAGAGGGAAAGCAACUUAAUGACUUUAAAGUUUAUCGGAAUAGAUAAACAGUUUAUUUUUGUUUGAUUCUCUAUGACGGUGUCUUUUUUUUCAGCCUACAAAAUAUAUGGUAUUUUCUCUUAAUAUUCUUUGAGUUUGAACAAAAUAAUCGGAUGAUAAAUUAUGAUUUUAAGAGUGAA